GCAAAUAUGAGUUAUCAUUUUUUUUUUCUUCUUCUCUUCUCUAAUUAAACAGAAAAGUCCACCUUAAAAUCUUACGAAAAGAAACAAAGAAGAAACAAAAGUAACCAAAUAAACAGAAAGAGAAUAGAAUAAAAGAGAAGAAGAGAGAGAAGAAAAAGAGAGAAAGAGAUAACCUGGUUUUCUUUCUUUUGGUUGUUUUUCUCUCUCCCAGUUGAUCUUCUUUUCUCUCUUUCAUCUUCCAUCUUUUUUCCUCUUUACUCUUUUUUCCCAUUUUAUUAUCAGAUUUUAAACUGUUAACGUUGAUUAAUGUUCUUCUCAUUGUUAAUUAACUUGAACAAUUAUUUCUAAUUCUAAUCAAGUAAAUUAAAUUCUCCAUCUAAAACAAUCACAAAGGUGUUAAUGUGAUCUUUUUAUUUUCUAAUUUCUUUUUCUAUUCUCUUUUUCCUUUUUCUCCUUUACUUUUUUGCUCAUUGUUGACAUUCAAAUGAUUUAACCAAUUUAAUAGUUAACAAUUUAACAAUGCUGACCUGAUGGUGGUCUACUUAAUUACGAUUAAUUUAGCUUAUUGGUGUCCAUUGAUUCAUCUAUUAGAGACAAAUUUAGGUACAUUGACUUGGUCAAUAUCAAAAUGUUUCAGAUUCAAUUGAGGUUGAUUGGUGGAUUAAUGUGAUGGAUUAUCAUCAUUUAAUGUUAAAUGUUCAACUACAAUAAUCUGGAAAUACUCAGCGUACUUCCAUUAAUUAAGCCAUUCGGUCAAUUUAACCUGAGCCACAUUUGUGAUUUAUCUUUAUCAUCAUCAUCACUUUAUCUUCACUUUGAUAAUAUUUUAUUAUCCUCAAUCAUCAUCUUCAUCUUAAUUCAUAUUCUGUGUAUAGAAUGUCCAAAACAAGCAACUAUCAAUGGGUCUAUUCAUUGGUGGAUUCAUCUCGAGUUUCCACUUUCCUCAUCUCAAUGCUCUUAAUUGUCUAUGGCAGUUUCAGAUCACUUAACAUGGAACAAGAAGCCAGAGAAAAAGAAAAAGAUUCUAAUGGUCAACCUGCAGAAAAUAAUGUUCAAACUCUCGAUACGAUGCAAGCCUUGUGUUUACCUUUGGGAGCUUCGAUUUCACUCUUAAUUAUGUUUUUCUUUUUUGAUUCAAUGCAAAUGCUUUUCGCAAUUUGUACUGCAAUAAUUGCAGCCAUAGCUUUGGCAUUUCUUUUACUUCCAAUGUGUCAAUACAUGGUUAGGCCUUGUACAGACAAGAAAAAAAUUUCCUUUGGAUUCUGUGGACGAUUUACUGUUGCUGAAUUAAUUUCAUUCACAUUAUCAGUGACAAUCGUCUGUAUUUGGAUUCUUACUGGACAUUGGCUACUAAUGGAUGCAAUGGGAAUGGGCUUAUGUGUUGCCUUCAUUGCGCUUGUUAGACUUCCAAGUCUCAAAGUUUCAACCCUUUUACUUACUGGUCUUUUAAUCUACGAUGUCUUCUGGGUUUUCUUUUCCUCAUACAUCUUUAAUUCAAAUGUAAUGGUCAAAGUGGCCACUCGACCAGCUGAUAAUCCAGUCGGUGUAAUGGCCAAAAAGCUUCAUCUAACCAGCAUGGUCAGUCGUGAUCCUCCAAAACUAUCGCUACCUGGUAAACUCAUCUUUCCAAGUAUGAACAACAAUGGUCACUUUUCAAUGUUGGGCCUCGGUGAUAUUGUUAUGCCUGGUCUCCUAUUGUGCUUCGUAUUACGAUACGAUGCUUACAAACGAUCUUUAUUGACCUCAACCGAAGCUGGUCUACCUCCUCCAAAUCAUCUCAGUAGAAUAACUUAUUUCCAUUGUUCUCUUAUUGGUUAUUUUUUUGGCCUAUUGACAGCUACAGUAUCAUCAGAAUUAUCAAAAGCAGCUCAACCAGCCUUACUUUAUUUGGUUCCAUUCACAUUGUUACCUUUGUUAACCAUGGCUUACAUCAAAGGUGACCUUCGUCGAAUGUGGAGUGAACCUUUUAGACCAACAAAUUUGCCUAAAAAUCUGGAAGUGUGACCGACCUUCAUUGGAAAUAAUAAAUUGAUAUGUUGAAAUGAUUGGGACUAAAUUUGGUUGAUUAAAAGGCCACAAUUGUACAAAAAGCACAAAAAAAAGUCACAAAAUCCAAAGAUGAGAAUGACGAUGAUUGUUGAUCUCUUCACUCUUCCUAAUUCCAAAUUGGAUUAGUACCUCAUCAUCAUUUAAGCUUCUAUUUGGUUAAUUCGCUGCAUCUUCAUCUUCAUCAAUUUUCUGCAAAGUUCCAAUUAUCUCUUGCAAGGAAAACCAGAGAAACUCAUCAAUCUUAUAAUUAAAUUUGUAAAGUCAUUUUCCACAUCAAUGUAAAUAUUCAGAUGAUUUCAAAACUAAUUUGUCGUUUUCUUCGUGAAAUCCUUUUGCUUUUUGCUAUUCUGUCGCUGAAAAACAAACCGGAUCAAUUGAUUAGUUGAAGAAAUUGAUAAAUUGCUGUUUAGCGCAUCUUGAUAAUCUCCUUUGUACAAUUGCAAUCAACUUAAAGCCCAUCCUGAUUUAAUGAUCACAAACCGAUUCAAAAUGAUUACAUUUAAAUGAACGAUCAUGAGAAUAAGAAACAAAACUUUGAUUAAAAGCACUUGUGGAUUAAGAUUAAAACGAUCUUAUGAACAUUAAUCCCUUUUCCUUUUAAAUUCUGUAUUGUUUUCUAUUGUAAUUUAAUCAAAUAUGUUCAAACCAAAAAAUCGUUAGCAUCAAGGCUAAUCCAUAGUACAUAGAGUAAUUUACUAAUCUUGCAUUCUAAUUACUCUUGUUAUUGCUUUCACAAUAAAAUAUUUAUCCGUAAA